CCCCGCCUGCAGCACCAGAAUGGGAUGUAUGGGCUGCACCAGGACGUGCACCACUUCAACUCCUUCGACAGCGUACAGAGCCUGCCCCGGCUGCUCAGCCAAGCACGCGUGCGGACAGGGAUAAUCGGGAAGAAGCACGUUGGGCCCGAGGCCGUCUACCCCUUCGACUUUGCCUACACAGAGGAGAACAGUUCGGUCUUGCAGGUUGGGAGAAACAUCACUCGAAUCAAAGCGCUCGUGCGGCAGUUCCUGCAGAGCCAGGACGAGAGGCCUUUCUUCCUCUACGUCGCCUUCCAUGACCCCCACCGCUGUGGGCACUCCCAGCCCCAAUACGGGGCCUUUUGUGAGAAAUUCGGCAAUGGAGAGAGCGGCAUGGGCUGGAUCCCAGACUGGAAGCCACAGCUCUAUCGCCCAGAGCAAGUGCAGGUGGGAGCCUUUGGGGCUGCGUGGGGCGGUAUGGGGGCUGCGUGGGGCGAUAUGGGAGCUGCGGAUGAUGGAGCAGCAGGCUCCCUGCAGGGACGUCACCGCAGGGCUCAGCUCUGCAGCUUGUUCCAGGACCACCCACAGCCCAUGCAGCAGCAGACCCUGGGGACCUUUCUGCCCCUCUCCAGGGCUGAGUUUCCUCCCACGGGUGCCAGCCCCUCCUCUCACCCCUUCUCUUCCCCUCCAGAUCUCACACCGACCAUUUUGGACUGGUUCUCCAUCCCCUACCCUUCAUACAGCAUCUUUGGCACGAAGCCAGUGCAGCUCACUGGGAAGUCUCUCCUGCCAGCCCUGGAGUCGGAGCAGCCCUGGGCCACCGCCUUCAGCAGCCAGAGCCACCACGAGGUGACCAUGUACUACCCCAUGCGAGCCGUCCAGCACCAGCAGUUCCGCCUCAUUCACAACCUCAACUACAAGAUGCCCUUUCCCAUCGACCAGGACUUCUACGUCUCGCCCACUUUCCAAGACCUGCUCAACCGCACCAGGGCCGGGCAGCCAACCCACUGGAACAAGACCCUGCACCAGUACUACUACAGGGACCGCUGGGAGCUCUUUGACUGCAGCCACGACCCCACCGAGAGCCAGAACCUGGCCCCCGACCCCCCCUGCCCCGCUGUCUUCCAGCAGCUUCUCCAGCAGCUUCGCACGCAGCUCUUGAAGUGGCAGUGGGACACGGGUGACCCCUGGGUGUGUGCCCCCGACGCUGUCCUGGAGGAGAAACUGAGCCCCCAGUGCCGGCCGCUGCACAACGAGCUGUGAGCCUCGGCCCUGCCAGGUGUCCCCCAGUGCCAGGGGACAGCCGUGCGCUGCCCGCCGGGCACGGGGGGGUCAGAGCAGGAUCCUGGCUGGGCCAGUCCCAAGUCCCUGGGUGAUGCCCCGAGGCUCAGCUCUCUCUGUCGCAAACACCGCCUGGCCCUGGAGCAUUCCGGGAUC